AUGGACAGAGCCUCACGGAACACGUCCACAAAUAAAGGGAACAAUGAUGACAUGGAGAAAGCGAACUCAGUCGUAAACCUCAGCCAACGCCAGCUAUCUAAAACGGAAUCAAAUAUAUUAGCCUUGGGUAUGAAUUUUGCCACUACCCCUUGUAAGAUCCCUGUGGAAGAGUUCAUACAAUCGAUUGAACCUUCUAUCCGCAAGAUGGAUAAAGAAAAGGCAUACAACAUCCGUUUCCAAAUACACCAAGUCUUGAAGCACUCGAAGCCUCCCAAAUCCAAUAUAACAAGACUUGAACACCAGGCUAUCAACAGCCUCCGCAAUGAUUCUUCGAUACACAUCCUAAAGGCAGACAAGGGUAAUGCAAAAGUCAUAAUGUACCGCACGGAGUAUGACCAUAAGGUUCAGGAUAUCCUCAACACAGAUAUCUAUACCCGCCUCAAGAAAAAUCCCAUUCCAGCAGUCGAAAGGAAAGUUGCCGCCAACUACUCUCCUUAA